AUAAGUUUAUUCAGUUCACCAAACUUCGUUCACAAAAUAAGAUGGAAACUUGUAUCACUAUAAGAUGUUUACUGAUCUCGUUAAUAGUAGUCGUUGUUAAUACAACAACUGCUUUUGGUCAUGCAGAAGUUGAUGAUGAUGUUCUACUGCACCGACUUUCCACUUUGGAAUCCAAAGAUAGAGACCUUCAAAGCACGACUGAUAUUCAGAAAAGGGAAUUACAUGAAUUAAAACAGGAAUUACAUGAAUUAAAACGAACAUGUUCAUCCCAGGAAACUUCAAGAUACAGUCGGUCUCUGAACGGAGGUGCCGAAUAUGCUCGAAUAAGUUUCACUGUAUUUCUUAACCAUGACAUCAAUCAUCCGGGCCAGUACCAAACAAUAAAAUUUAACCAGGUCAUUACCAAUGAAGGCAACGGUUACAAUAUCCACACUGGAGUAUUUACAUGUCCUGAAAGUGGAAUGUACCUUCUGUCUGUAUUUAUUGGUGAACGUGACUAUGGCGGCGGAACUUGGGUCAGUAUAAGAGUCAACAGUGCUGAAGUUGUUGAAGCGGUCGUAGAUACAUAUCACGACACCUAAGAUCUUCAAGGAGGGAACAUGGUUUUGAAACGCCUGAAUAAAGAUGACGCUGUGUGGGUAGAAGUUUUAGGUGAUUACGACCACGUUGAAGGAGCACCAACUGUGCGUAUCACAACAUUUUCUGGCGUUUAUUUGUAUCCCUAACUGUAUGAGAAUUAAAUGAUAACAUUAUACUAGUA